AUGGCCGCAUACCGUGAACAGCUCAUCGAUGUCUUUAAGUCGGUCGGUCAAGUUGUGGGAUUCAGACUGGUCUUUGACAGAGAGACAGGGAAACCUAGAGGUUAUGGCUUCUGUGAAUUUGCUGAUCAUGAAACCGCUGCAUCUGCUGUGCGGAACCUCAAUAAUGCCGAUGUCGGUGGCCGCCCUUUACGAAUUGACCUCGCCGACUCCGAUCCCUUCCUCGAAGGCAAGACUACUGUGCGAGGCGAGUUGCUCGAUGGGAGUGAUCCAAGAGGCCGCUGGCGUGAUCACCGUGAGCACCAAGACCGCGACCGAUAUGAUAGUCCUCGCGAUCAACCCAAAUCUCAAGACCCAAAUUCUUUCUUGUCAAGUUUGCCACCCGGAGUUCCCAUAGUUCCUGGGUCGACUGCAUUAGAUACCAUCAGUCAGACACUUGCAACUAUGAGCCCAGCUCAGUUGGUCGAAGUGCUUGCCCAGAUGAAGGCUUUUGUAAUCACCCACCCGGAUCAAGCAAGGGCACUACUUGUUGCGCAUCCGCAGUAUGCGUACGCAUUAUUCCAAGCCUUGUUGCUGAACAAAAUAGUAGACCAGAGUGUUCUUCAGGUGUGUUCUUACAAUUUCGGUCGCAUGCUUCAAGCAACCGCGGGUAGUGGUGUUCCCCCAGGUCCAGGAAUUUCUCAGCAGCCCCACCAUCCAAUGCAAUACCAGCAACCUCCACCCAUGCACCAGCCUCAACCGCACAUGCCUCCGCCAAUGACUGCCCCACCGCCUGCGUCAACUGCUCCACCGAGCAUGUACCCGCACCAACAACCCCCGUCGCAUAUGCCAGCCCCACCGCAGCAACAAUCUUGGUAUCGGCCUCCCCCACACGCGGCCCCACCGCCCCACUCGGCUCCCAUGCCCGACUUAAAUAUUGAUCCGGCUCAAAGGCAAAUGCUAAUGCAGGUACUCAGCCUAACUCCAGACCAGAUCAAUGGCUUACCGCCUUCCGAGCGAGAAGCGAUCCAGAACUUGCGUAAUCAAUUUUUGGGAGGUAUCUCGGUGUAG